GGACGCUGGCCUGUGAAGUCCUGCAAAGUCGUCCUCGGCUUGUUGAGGAAUGCUGAGGCCAACGCUGAGUUCAAGAAUCUGGACACCGAGAAGCUCUUUGUUGAGCACGUCCAGGUGAAUGCUGCUCAGCAAGGCCGCAGGCGCACCUACCGUGCCCACGGCCGAAUUGGCCCUUACAUGAACUGCCCAUGCCACGUGGAGAUGAUCUUGUCUGAGAAGGAGGAGGCCGUCGAGAAGGCUGAGACCGAGGAGAAGCCCAAGAAAUUCACUCGCAAGCAAUUUGCCCGAUUGCGCCUCAAGGUGCCUCUGUCUUUAACGCACACUUGUUGGAGAUUCGCUGGUGUGAACUCGUGUCAAAUCGUGCUCUUCCAUGCUCUUUUGCUCGUUCACUACCUCAGAAGGCUGCGACGUUGA